GUACACAGAGCAGGCUGAAGGGGUACAGCCCAAGGAGCUGCUUGUGGACUGACCUGUCCUGAUGUCUACAGGGCCGUGUGGUCUUUGAGGAUGUGGCCGUGUACUUCUCCCAGGAGGAGUGGGGGCUCCUGGAUGAGGCGCAGAGGCUCCUGUACCGGGAUGUGAUGCUGCAGAACAUUGCACUCUUGUCCUCCGUAGGUUGUUGGCACAGGGCCCAGGAUGAAGAGGCUCCUUCAGAGCAAGGUGAUUCCACUGGCAUGUCCCAGGUCAAGGCUCCAGAGCUGGCUCCACCCACCCAGAAGUCUCCUUGUGAGAUGCAUGGUCCGCUCCUGAAAGACAUUUUGUGCCUGGCUGAGCCCAGCGGAACACACCCUGAAUGGGAGGUGCCCAUGUGUGGGGUAAGUCUUUCCCAGCCCCGAAAGGAGCAGAGUGGAGAGAAACUAUCCGAAAGGGACAAGGGGAGGCCCUCGUUCAUGAAGAAGUGCAGCGAUCACCUGGCCGGGAGGACCCCGACGUGCAGGGAGGGAGGGAAGGACUUCCCGGCCAGGUUAGGCCUUCUCCAGCCCCAGGCCCCACACAGUGGAGGGGAGCCACACAGGGUCACAGAGGGCAGGGAGACCUUUGAAAGUGGACAGGAAGAUUACAGGUGCUGUGACUGCGGGAGCGCCUUCGGCCAUGAACACAGAGUUGUUGAGCAGCAGGAAGGCCACGCUGGAGAAGAGCGUUCUGAUUGCAGCGAAAGCGAGCCCUUCCUCACAAAGUUCCACCUGGUCCAGCACCAGAAAAUUCACACUGAGACAAGGGUUUAUGAGCACCUUGGACACAGAGGAUUCUUCGCACCAAGGUCUGGCCUCCCUGAACACCAGCGCGUGCACCCUCGGCCCAGGCCUCAUGAGUGCAGCCAGUGCGGGAGGUGCGUUAAAGACAGCUCCACACUCGUGGUUCAUCAGAGAGUUCACACUGGAGAGAAGCCGUAUGAAUGCAAUGAAUGCAGGAAAUGCUUUAGGUACAGCUUCACUCUCAAGAGACAUCAAAGAGCUCACAUUAGAGAAAGGCCAUUUCAGUGCAGCGUGUGCGGGAAACUUUUUGUCGACAGCGCCACGCUCAUUAUCCAUCAGAAGGUUCACACUCGAGGAAGGCGUUUUGAAUGCAGCAAAUGCGGGCAGUUUUUCAGGUACAGCUUCACACUUGAGAGACAUGAGAAAGCUCAUACGGGAGAAAGGCCUUAUGAGUGCAGUGAAUGUGGGAAACUCUUUAGGCACAACUCAAAUCAUAUUAGGCAUCGGAGAAACCACACCGGAGAGAGGCCGUAUGAGUGCAGCGUGUGUGGUAGACUCUUCAGCCAAAACUCCCACCUCAUCCGGCACCAGAAUAUUCACACCAGAGAAAAAACAUACGAGUGUCGUGAGUGUGGGAAAUCCUUUAUGGACAACUCCACACUCGUUAUUCAUCAGAGGGUUCACACCGGGGAAAAGCCCUAUGAAUGCAGUGAAUGUGGGAAAGUCUUUAGAUACAACUCCAGCCUCAUUAAACAUCGGAGAAUUCACACUGGGGAAAGGCCUUAUGAGUGCCUCAGCUGUGGGAGAGGCUUUAGCCAGAACUCCCACCUCACUCGGCAUCGAGAAGUUCACAGUAAAGUGUAUUGCAAACAGGGAAAGACUUCAGAGAAACCUCUGGUCUGACUUAGCACUGUGAGGUGUUGCUCUGCAGGGUUUUUAAAAACCUUUAAUGGUGGAAAACUACGUGUAACCAAAUUUAUGAUCUUAACCACAUUUAAGUGUAAGCUCAGUAGUAAUAAUACAUUCACACCUUGUGCAAAUAUUCAGAAGUCUUUUCAUCUUACACAACAGAAACUAAGCCCAUUAGACAAGAGCGCCUCCCCCCCCUCCCCCCCUUAUCCCCUGACAGCCACGCUCUGCUUUCUGCCUGUGCAUUUGGCCACUCUGGUACCUUAUAUAAAAGUCACAAUGUUUUUCUCCUUUGUUGGCUGGCUUUUUCACUGAGCAUAAUGUCCUCAAGGUUCAUCUAUGUUCCGGCAGGUGUCAGGAUUGCCUUCCUUUUUGCCUACUACUCCAUUCUGUGUCUAGGCCACUUUUUCUGUAUCCAUUUAUCAGUGGACUGUUGGGUUGCUUUCGCAAUUUGGCUGUUGCAAAUAAUGCUUUUAUAAGCAUGAUUGCACACAUAUUUCUUUGAGGCCCUGUUUUCAGUUCUGUUUAGGUAUAUACUCGGAAUUGUCAGAUCAUAUGGUAAUUGAAUAUUUAAUUUUUUUUGAGGAACUGAGGGGCUGUUUUCCAUAGUAGCUGUACCAUUUUACAGGUACAGCUUGGAGGUUCUAA